CGGGUCUUGGGCUUUAGCCCUGGGCGCAGAGGUUUCUGGGAGCCAAGAUUUAAAAUGGCGUCUGUAUGAUCUCCUGAGGCAACUGCAUCGGAGCUCGGCCAGAGUGAGCGGCAGCAGGAAAGCAGACUAAGAUGACAACAGCAGCUAGGCCAACUUUUGAACCUGCAAGAGGGGGGAGAGGAAAAGGAGAAGGUGAUUUGAGUCAACUCUCAAAGCAAUAUUCAAGCAGAGACCUACCCUCUCAUACAAAGAUAAAAUAUAGACAGACCACUCAGGAUGCCCCUGAAGAAGUUCGGAACCGUGACUUUAGGAGAGAGUUGGAAGAGAGAGAGAGAGCUGCUGCAAGAGAAAAAAACAGAGACCGGCCAACCCGAGAACAUACAACCUCCUCUUCAGUGUCAAAGAAGCCUCGGUUGGACCAGAUUCCCGCUGCCAACCUCGACGCAGACGACCCUCUAACAGAUGAGGAAGAUGAAGAUGAAGAUUUUGAAGAGGAGAGUGAUGAUGAUGAUACUGCAGCUCUUCUUGCGGAGCUGGAAAAAAUUAAAAAAGAAAGAGCUGAAGAGCAGGCCAGGAAGGAACAAGAACAAAAGGCUGAAGAAGAAAGGAUUCGUAUGGAAAACAUUCUGAGUGGAAACCCUCUCCUUAAUCUCACUGGCCCAUCCCAACCUCAGGCCAACUUCAAAGUUAAAAGAAGGUGGGAUGAUGAUGUUGUUUUCAAGAACUGUGCAAAAGGUGUAGAUGAUCAGAAGAAAGACAAAAGAUUUGUAAAUGAUACGCUGCGAUCUGAAUUUCACAAAAAGUUCAUGGAGAAAUAUAUUAAAUAGUACAGUUUUAUGUGCUUAAUUAAAGGCUGUAAAAUGUAAACGAUAUGACUUUAUUUUGGUUUUUUUGUUUUUCUCUUCCCCCCCCAUCUAAAUUGUGUAUAGGCUUCCCUAAUUUUAAGUUCCAAAAUAUCUUUUCCUUUAUUGAUUGCUAACUUGAUAAGGACUGGGAAUUGGUUUAACCAGUUGCCAUCUCAGUAUUUCCAGUCAUAUGUUUUUCUUUUGAAUAUGGGAAAAGGAAUCUGCUUGUAAUAAAUAUUUUUAAUAAUCUGUGUCAAAUCUGUGUCCCCACCUUUUUUGUUGAACUGUGUGCAGCUUAUAAAACAUUGCAUAUUUUCUUUCGUGUGUUGUAUUUCUUUGUGUUAACUUUUUCUCCUCAUGUCUCUAACAUUGACUUAAAGUCAGUUAAUUCAUAUCUCCUCUGUAUCUUUUAGAAGUGUGAUGAAGAAUUAAAGAGAUUCCAUUUUGGACCACCA